AUGAAUAAGAUUCAUGCCAAAGCCAUGCUUGGCUUGACAGUGGAGAAGCUACUUAAUCUGAAAAAGAUCAUGCAAGAGCUUUAUGACAAGAAGAUUCAGAAUCUUAUCUAUCAAGCAGCAGCUAAGAAAGUGCUGAAGAAGAGCUGGAUUACUGUGGUGGAGUAUAUCAUUUCUCAAGAAAGCUUUGCCAACAAGAUUCUGCAGAUCUGA